AUGCGAGGAUCCACGCCCUUGGAUGUGGCUGCUGCUUCGGUCAUCGAUAACAAUGAGCUGGCCCUGGCUUUGCAGGAGCAAGAUCUGGAAAAGGUGGUGACCUACCUUGCUGGCACGGGCCUCCAGAGCUGUCCCAUGUUGCUCUCCAAGGGAUAUCCUGACAUUGGUUGGAACCCUUGCGGAGGCGAGCGUUAUCUGGAUUUCCUGCGCUUCACCGUCUUCGUCAAUGGUGAAAGUGUGGAGGAGAACGCCAAUGUGGUGGUACGCUUGCUGAUCCGUCGCCCUGAGUGCUUUGGCCCGGCCCUGCGUGGGGAAGGAGGCAACGGCCUGCUGGCGGCCAUAGAAGAAGCCAUCCAGAUCUCUCAGGAUCCUGCUCGGGAUGGGCCUACCGUCAAGAAAGAUCGCCGAAGGGAAUUAUUUGGGGGAGAAGAAACUCACGAGGAGUAUCGGGUCCAUUUGGGCAAUGCCAUCAUGUCCUUCUACGCUGCCCUCAUUGAUCUGCUGGGACGCUGCGCCCCUGAGAUGCACCUCAUCCAAGCUGGGAAGGGGGAAGCCCUCCGGAUCAGAGCCAUCUUGCGUUCCUUAGUGCCCAUCGAGGACCUUGUCGGAGUCAUCAGCCUCCCGCUGCAGAUCCCUUCGUUUGGCAAAGAUGGCAAUGUCAUUGAACCCAAGAUGUCCGCCAGCUUCGUGCCCGACCACAAGGCACCCAUGGUGUUGUUUCUGGACCGUGUGUACGGCAUCGAGAACCAGGACUUCCUCCUCCAUGUCCUGGAAAUAGGUUUUCUGCCUGACAUGAGAGCUGCGGCCUCCUUGGACACAGCUUCUUUUAGCACCACAGAGAUGGCCCUGGCCAUGAACCGCUACCUCUGCCUGGCUGUGCUACCGCUCAUCACCAAAUGUGCUCCUCUUUUUGCUGGUACUGAGCACCGGGCUAUCAUGGUGGACUCCAUGUUGCACACCAUCUACCGGCUGUCUCGUGGUCGCUCUCUUACCAAGGCCCAGCGCGACGUCAUUGAAGAGUGCCUCAUGGCGCUGUGCAAGUACAUAAGGCCAUCCAUGCUCCAGCAUCUUCUCCGCCGGCUGGUGUUUGAUGUGCCCAUCCUCAAUGAAUUUGCCAAAAUGCCUCUCAAGCUGUUGACCAACCAUUACGAGCGUUGCUGGAAAUAUUACUGCCUUCCCACUGGUUGGGCCAACUAUGGGGUCAGCUCGGAGGAGGAGCUUCACCUGACACGGAAACUCUUCUGGGGCAUCUUUGAGUCAUUGUCCCAUAAGAAAUUUGACUCCGAUCUGUUUAAGCUGGCCAUGCCCUGCUUGUGUGCCAUCGCUGGUGCCAUUCCUCCAGACUACGUGGACGCCAGCUAUUCUUCGAAAACUGAAAAGAAGGCUUCGGUAGACGCCGAGGGCAACUUUGACCCCAAACCUGUGGAAACACUAAAUGUCAUCAUCCCAGAGAAGCUGGACUCCUUCAUCAACAAGUAUGCUGAGUACACUCAUGAAAAGUGGGCCUUUGAGAAGAUUCAGAAUAACUGGUCCUUUGGGGAAGCGGUUGAUGAGCAGGCCAAGACCAAUCCUAUGUUGCGUCCUUAUAAAACAUUCUCCGAAAAGGAUAAGGAAAUUUACCGAUGGCCCAUCAAAGAGUCUCUGAAGGCCAUGAUUGCUUGGGAGUGGAUGGUCGAGAAAGCCCGCGAGGGCGACGAGGAGAAAACGGAGAAGAAAAAAACCCGCAAAAUCUCACAGACAGCCCAGGCCUACGACCCCAGCCAUGGUUACAAUCCUCAGCCAAUGGAUCUAUCUGCAGUGACCCUCUCCAGGGAAUUACAGGCCAUGGCAGAACAGCUGGCAGAGAACUACCACAACACCUGGGGACGCAAGAAGAAAUUGGAGCUGGAAAGCAAAGGAGGUGGAACCCACCCCUUACUGGUGCCGUAUGACACGCUGACGGCCAAGGAGAAGGCUCGGGACCGGGAAAAAGCUCAGGAGCUUCUUAAAUUCCUACAGCUCAAUGGCUACGCGGUGACUCGGGGUCUGAAGGACAUGGAACUGGACACUUCAUCCAUCGAGAAACGCUUCGCCUUUGGAUUCCUGCAGCAGCUGCUGAAAUGGAUGGACAUCUCCCAAGAAUUCAUCGCCCACCUGGAGGCUGUGGUGAGCAGCGGACGAGUAGAGAAGUCCCCCCAUGAACAGGAGAUCAAGUUCUUCGCCAAGAUCCUGCUGCCCCUCAUCAACCAGUACUUCACCAACCACUGCCUCUACUUCCUGUCCACCCCGGCCAAGGUCCUGGGCAGCGGAGGCCACGCCUCCAACAAGGAGAAAGAGAUGAUAACCAGCCUUUUCUGCAAAUUGGCAGCUCUGGUCAGGCACCGGGUCUCUCUCUUUGGUACCGAUGCUACUGCUGUGGUUAAUUGCCUCCACAUCUUGGCUCGCUCCUUGGAUGCCAGGACCGUCAUGAAAUCAGGUCCCGAAAUUGUCAAGGCGGGGCUGAGGUCUUUCUUCGAAAGUGCCUCCGAUGACAUUGAGAAGAUGGUGGAGAACCUCAAGCUUGGCAAAGUCUCCCAAUCCCGCACUCAGGUCAAGGGAGUGGGGCAGAACAUCACCUACACUACAGUGGCCCUCUUGCCCGUCCUCACCUCCCUCUUUGAACAUAUCGCCCAGCACCAGUUUGGAGACGAUGUCAUGUUGGAUGAUGUCCAGGUCUCCUGCUACCGAACUCUGUGCAGUAUCUACUCCCUGGGGACAACCAAAAAUCCGUAUGUGGAGAGACAGAGGCCUCAACUUGGAGAAUGCUUGGCACGACUGGCAGCAGCGAUGCCCGUGGCUUUCUUGGAGCCGCAUAUCAACGAAUACAAUCCUUGUUCGGUUUAUACUACCAAGUCCCCGAGAGAGAGAGCCAUCUUAGGCCUACCGAACUGCGUGGAGGAGAUGUGUCCAGAUAUUCCGGUCCUGGAGAAGCUGAUGAAGGACAUCAACGGGCUGGCGGAGUCGGGAGCUCGCUAUACCGAAAUGCCCCACGUAAUCGAGGUCACCCUGCCGAUGCUUUGCAACUACCUGCCCCGUUGGUGGGAGAGAGGCCCGGAGACCAAUGCGCAGGGUCCUUGGUGCACGGAAGUGACCUCUGACCAGCUCAACACUUUGCUGGGAAACAUCCUGAAGAUCAUCGUCAACAACCUGGGCAUAGACGAAGCAUCUUGGAUGAAGCGGUUGGCAGUCUUUGCACAGCCCAUUGUCAGCAAGGCCAAGCCCGAACUGCUCCGUUCCCACUUCAUCCCCACCAUGGAGAAGCUGAAGAAGAGGUCUGGGAAAGUGGUGGCCGAGGAGGAACAGCUGCGGCUGGAGGCCAAAUCCGAAUCGGAGGACAAUGAGCUUCUCAUCCGGGAUGAGUUUUCGGUGCUGUGUCGCGACCUCUACGCCCUGUACCCGUUGCUGAUCCGCUACGUGGACAACAACAGGGCCCACUGGUUGACCGAGCCCAACUUGGAUGCUGAGGAGCUGUUCCGGAUGAUUGGGGAAAUCUUUAUUUAUUGGUCCAAGUCCCACAAUUUUAAACGCGAAGAGCAGAACUUCGUCGUUCAGAACGAAAUCAACAACAUGUCCUUCCUGACAGCCGACAGCAAAAGCAAAAUGUCCAAGUCUGAAGAAAGCCAGUCAGGUGGCUCGGACCAGGAACGGCACAAGAAGAAACGCCGAGGGGACCGCUAUUCCGUACACACGUCCCUCAUCGUGGCCACGCUAAAGAAGAUGCUUCCCAUCGGCCUGAACAUGUGUUCCCCAACUGACCAAGAGCUGAUCAGCAUGGCCAAGAUACGCUACGCCUUGAAAGACACCGAUGAAGAGGUGCGUGAAUAUCUCCAAAACAACCUUCAUCUUCAAGGCAAGUGUGAGACUUCCUCCUCCAUGCGCUGGCAGAUGGCCCUCUACAAGGAGAUGGCUGGGAAAGCCGAGGACUCCAACAAUCCGGAGAAGAUUGUCAAACGCGUGCAGGAGGUCUCCGCCGUGCUCUACCACCUGGAACAGUUGGAGCACCCGUACAAAUCCAAGAAAGCCGCGUGGCACAAAUUGCUCUCCAAGCAACGGCGUCGUGCAGUGGUUGCGUGCUUCCGCAUGACGCCCCUCUAUAACCUGCCCAGGCAUCGUGCUUGCAACAUGUUCCUGGAGAGCUACAAGUAUUCCUGGAUCUUCAGUGAAGAGCACCCCUUUGAAGACAGAAUGAUUGACGACCUGUCGAAACCUGGGCCGCAGGAAGAGGAAGAGGAAGAGGAGGAGGAAAAGAAGCCAGACCCUUUGCAUCAGCUCAUUCUCCAUUUUAGCAGGACAGCAUUAACGGAAAAGAGCAAACUGGAUGAAGACUAUCUGUACAUGGCCUACGCCGACAUCAUGGCCAAGAGCUGUCACAUUAAUGAAGGAGAAGAAGGCGAUGGGGAAGAGGAAGAAGAAGUGCCGUUUGAGGAAAAGGAGAUGGAGAAGCAGAAGCUUUUGUACCAACAAUCCCGACUUCACAAUCGCGGAGCAGCUGAGAUGGUCCUGCAAAUGAUUAGCGCCUGUAAAGGGGAGCCUGGAGCCAUGGUUUCCUCUACUCUGAAAUUGGGCAUCUCCAUCCUAAAUGGUGGCAAUGAGGAGGUACAGCAGAAAAUGCUGGAUUAUCUGAAGGAGAAACGUGAGGUGGGAUUCUUCCAGAGUGUCCAGGCACUAAUGCAGACCUGCAGCGUGCUGGACCUCAAUGCCUUUGAGAGGCAAAACAAGGCUGAAGGACUUGGGAUGGUAACAGAAGAAGGAACAAUCAUCAGUCGUGAAAAUGGAGAGAAGGUGAUGUCCGAUGACCUGUUCACCCAGGACCUCUUUCGGUUCCUGCAACUUCUUUGUGAAGGACACAACAAUGAUUUCCAGAAUUAUCUGCGGACCCAGACUGGCAACACUACUACCAUCAACAUCAUCAUCUGCACCGUUGACUACCUUCUACGACUUCAGGAGUCCAUCAGUGAUUUUUACUGGUAUUAUUCAGGCAAGGACGUGAUCGACGAUCAGGGCAAACGCAACUUCUCCAAAGCGAUAGCCGUAGCCAAGCAGGUCUUCAACAGCCUCACCGAAUACAUCCAGGGGCCUUGCACUGGGAACCAGCAGAGUUUAGCACACAGCAGACUGUGGGACGCAGUCAUCGGUUUCCUCCAUGUCUUUGCUCACAUGAUGAUGAAACUGGCUCAGACGAUCCAACCCCCAGCACUCCGAAAUGGCCAUUUUCGGAGUGAAUCUUACCCUGAGGAUUCCAGCCAAAUUGGGCUUCUGAAGGAGCUGUUGGACCUUCAAAAGGACAUGGUGGUGAUGCUGCUUUCUCUGCUGGAAGGAAAUGUGGUGCACGGCACCAUCGCUCGGCAGAUGGUAGACAUGUUGGUGGAGUCCUCCAGCAACGUGGAGAUGAUCCUCAAAUUCUUCGACAUGUUCUUGAAACUGAAGGACAUUGUGGCAUCCGACGCCUUCCGCGAUUACAUCACAGAUCCACGCGGCCUCAUCUCCAAGAAGGAUUUCCAGAAGGCCAUGGACAGUCAGAAGCAGUACACGCCAUCGGAGAUCCAGUUCCUUCUCUCCUGCUCGGAGGCUGAUGAGAAUGAGAUGAUAGACUAUGAAGAGUUUGCUAGCCGUUUCCAGGAGCCCGCCAAAGACAUUGGCUUCAACAUUGCCGUGCUGCUGACAAACCUCUCGGAGCACAUGCCUCACGACGCCCGCUUGAAGACCUUCCUGGAGCUGGCCGAAUGCAUCCUCAACUACUUUAAUCCCUACCUGGGCCGCAUUGAGAUCAUGGGUGCCAGCAAACGCAUUGAACGCAUCUACUUUGAGAUCAGCGAGGCCAAUAAGACCCAGUGGGAGAUGCCCCAGGUCAAGGAAUCCAAGAGACAAUUCAUCUUCGAUGUGGUCAACGAAGGGGGCGAGUCGGAGAAGAUGGAGCUCUUCAUCAACUUCUGUGAGGACACGAUCUUUGAGAUGCAGAUCGCCUCCCAGAUUUCAGAGGAGGAAGGAGAGGCACAGGAAGAGGAGGAAGAAGAAGCAGAAAGCACCGAAAGUGGGGAAGCGGAGAAUGCGUCAGCACCUUCAGAGGCAUCUUCGGCCUUUGGGGAGUUCCUGGAGAGCAUCCUGAAUUUCUUCCGCAUGUUCACCUAUCGCAACGUCCGUCGUCAGUUCCGCAAAGUCAAGAAGAUGACGGUCAAAGAGAUGGCCGUGGGAGUGGCCACCUUCCUUUACACCAUCUUAAUGGGCAUCCUCGUCUUCUUCUAUAGCGUCCUCAAGGGCUUCUUCCUGCUCAUCUGGAACACCCUCUUUGGUGGCAGCUUGGUGGAGGAGGCCAAGAAGCUCACCAUGACCGAACUGUUGGCCAGCAUGCCCGAUCCUACUCAGGAUGAGGUUCAUGGAGACGUGGCUCCUUCUGAUGAAGAUGAGCAGGUGAUGGAAGAAGGAGAAGAAAUUGAUAUUGUGGAGCCCGGCAAGGAGGAAGCAUCUGCUGAAGGUGGAGAAGGUUUUGGAGCGGAUCCAAAGAAAGAGCAUUUCCGUUCAAUGGCCCCCGAUGCACCUGGUGGGCUUGGAGAUAUGGGGGACACCACCCCAGUGGAACCUCCCACACCUGAAGGGACACCCAUCCUCAAGAGGAAAUUGGUGGAUCUCCAAGGAGUGGCAGAAGAGCAGGAGCCAUAUCCGGAGCUGGAGAAGAUUGAGGAACCCCCAGCAGAACCAGAGAAAGCUGAUGCGGAAAACGGGGAGAAGGCUGCGAAGGAAGAAGAGGAGAAGAAAGAGGAGGAGAAAGAACCCAAGGAGAAAGAGCCGCCAUCACCGCCACCGGCCCAGGAGGAGAAGAAGAAGAAGGUGGUCCAACGGUCAGAAAAGAAAGAAGAGGAACAGGGAUGCUCAGAGUUUUGGAACGAGUUGGAGAUCCAGAGGGUCAAAUUCCUGAAUUACCUGUCCAGGAAUUUCUACAACCUGCGCUUCCUUGCCCUCUUCCUGGCCUUUGCCAUCAACUUCAUCUUGCUUUUCUAUAAGGUGUCGGACACGCCACCUGGUGAGGAAGAGUUUGAGGGCUCUGGUCUUGAAGGCGAUCUGGAUGCAGGAUCUGGGGCAGGCUCCGGCUUCGGUGGAGAUGACAACGGCGGCAAUGGGGACGGCAACGGGGACGAGGACGAGGAAGACAGCGUGGUCUACUUCUUUCUAGAGGAGAGCACGGGCUACAUGCAGCCAGCCUUACAAUUCCUGUCCAUCGUUCACACCCUGGUGGCGUUCCUCUGCAUCAUCGGCUACAACUGCCUCAAGGUGCCCUUGGUCAUCUUCAAGCGCGAGAAGGAGCUGGCCCGUACGUUGGAGUUUAGCGGGCUGUAUAUCACGGAGCAACCGGAGGAUGACGACAUCAAAGGCCAGUGGGAUCGCUUGGUGCUCAACGCUCCGUCAUUCCCGAGCAAUUACUGGGAUAAGUUCAUCAAAAGAAAGGUUCUGGAUAAAUACGGCGACAUCUACGGUCGAGAAAGGAUCGCAGAACUUUUGGGCAUCGAUUUGGCCAGCCUGGAAAUCUCAGCCCAAAAUGAAAAGAAAUCCGAGCCGGACACGUCGUUCUUGAGUUGGGUUAGUUCCAUUGACAUUAAGUACAAGAUUUGGAAACUUGGCGUCGUCUUCACAGAUAACUCCUUCCUGUAUCUCUUCUGGUACAUGGUGAUGUCCGUGCUUGGCCAUUACAACAACUUCUUCUUUGCUUGCCAUCUUCUGGACAUUGCCAUGGGCGUCAAGACUUUACGGACCAUCCUGUCCUCUGUCACUCACAAUGGCAAACAGCUGAUGAUGACCGUGGGGUUGCUGGCAGUGGUUGUCUACCUUUACACCGUGGUGGCCUUCAACUUCUUCCGCAAGUUCUACAACAAGAGCGAAGACGAGGACGAGCCGGAUAUGAAAUGUGAUGAUAUGAUGACGUGUUACCUCUUCCACAUGUAUGUUGGAGUGAGAGCCGGAGGCGGCAUCGGGGAUGAGAUUGAAGAUCCAGCCGGAGAUGAAUAUGAGCUCUACCGCGUGAUCUUUGAUAUCACCUUCUUUUUCUUUGUCAUUGUCAUCUUGUUGGCUAUCAUCCAAGGUUUGAUUAUUGAUGCCUUUGGGGAGUUGAGAGACCAGCAGGAGCAAGUGAAGGAGGACAUGGAGACCAAAUGUUUCAUCUGCGGGCUUGGCAGUGACUAUUUUGACACGACGCCCCAUGGCUUUGAGACCCACACGUUAGAGGAGCACAACCUGGCAAAUUACAUGUUCUUCCUGAUGUAUCUCAUCAAUAAGGAUGAAACGGAGCACACUGGCCAGGAAUCCUAUGUCUGGAAAAUGUACCAAGAGCGCUGUUGGGAUUUUUUCCCGGCUGGAGACUGCUUCCGGAAACAGUAUGAAGACCUGCUCGGCUAGAGCGCCCCCUGGGCUAAGCAGGGGGCAAGGCAGCUGCCCUGGGUCCACCUCCCUUGCCCCCUUCCUUCGGCCCUAGAGAAAGGGGGGGGUUCAGCAGCAAAGCAGAGUGGGACAGCUUGGCUGAGUGUCUUUUGUUUCAAGCUUGGGGAGAGCUGCCUCGUUCCCUCCCUCCACCCUCAAGUCAUCCCCACUAUGUCUUCUGCCUCUUGCUGCCAAGCCCCCUCCCCUCGGUGGAAGGGGUGGGUAUUUCUGUCCCCACCCACCCCCGAGAAAUGCCCCACUUGCUUGGGCUAAGCCAGCCCCCCACUCGGCCAGUAACACUUCCCAACUCUUUCUGGUCCCUUGGUGGCGGUGGGGUCCGUGCAAUAGGCUUCCUUUUCAGGUUAAAGCCCCCUCCCCAGUUUCAAGUGCCUUUUAUUGGCCCUCACCCCCCCAAGAGAGGGGAGGGUCCUCCAUACAGGGAAAAACUACUCUUCAGGACCCAUUGGGGGAACGGAAUGGGACAAUUCGCCUUGGCCGACUCGCCCCGAGACAACUCACGGCGGGACAAUUUAACCAUUCAGUUUUCAUUAUUUAAAAUGAUUUUUUUUAAAAAAAAAUACUUUAAUGUUUGUCCUUCCCACUUCAUUCUGUCCCUCCUUUUGUAGCCUUUCUUUAACGAUCCUGCCCCACCGUUUCUUUGAUAUUCGUGGAACUCUUGUCCCGCGGCGAGUUGUCCCCGCAGCCAAAUUGGCGGUGGCGAGUUGGUACGGGGAAAAGUUGGGGCAAAUGUGCUCCUGAUUUCCGUUGGCCAGCGUAGCUGAGUGCCAAAGAAAUGUUGAGGGUCCCCAAGAAAAGGAAUGCAGCCCCCUCCGUCCCUCUGUUCCUCCCCUCCGUGACUUGAAUAACCUUCACACCUAGUCCUCCCUCCCUCUUAUUUGUGAAGCUUAUACUUAGGGUGGUGAGGGGAUCUUCUCUUGCCCCAUCUGUACUUAAGAAGGUGCCAGAAAUCCCACCCAGUAGAGCCAGAUAUGUGUGUGUGUGUAUUGGGGCUCGGGGAGGCAAGGGGCCCUCCGGAGAUCCACAGCCCCUUGAGCUCCCGUACAGAAUAGACCCCUUUGCCAUCCCCGAUUUAAUGGUCGUCCCCACUGGAUGUUUGAAGCCAGCUCUGUUGAGAGGAUGCCCGCCCCUCAAGUCCAGCUUGGAUCUCUGCCAAUAAAACCAUAGACUGCUGCA